CAUUGUCUGCCAGUUUGUUUCCUCUCCUUGUCAGUAAGGACAUUUGAGGGACUCCACCCAGAAGGCAAGGCACAGGUGACAAGCAGGUUCAGCAACACUGGAAAACCAGAAGUGUGCUGUGGCGGAGGUCUCGUAGAGACACUUGAGGAAGAGUUCUGUGUUUGUCUGUCUGUCUUUGACUUUAUCAAACAAAAACACAGCUAUGACAUUUUCCCCCGCUUGAAACUCAAUGGAUCUGGACAUCGACUGGAGUAAAGGAUUUUUCAGGGACAUUUUUGAUGAUGUAGUGUAGAACAGAGUUUUUUUGUCCAAUGCUUUGCAGCUCGUAUUUUGAGCGUGUCAAAGGCCACAGUUGGAAUUACUUGACAGCCGUGCUGACCUGCAGAAAUGGGGACCUCGAGUGUAUCUCGCGCCAGGACCCCCUGCCUGCUUCUGCUUCCGCUCCUCUUGCUCUGCUGCUCUGGUGGGAAAUGUGAGCUUCAGGGAUCGAAACCUUUGGCGCCGGACAACGCUCCCUCCACCGCCAAACCUUUCAUCAAUCAGAUCAAUGAACCUCAGGCCUUCCCCGAGGAGGAGAGGGUUAACCUACCCGUGUUUACGAUGGACUACCCUCGGAUUCAGGUCCCCUUUGAGUUUACUCUGUGGGUACUGCUGGCCUCCUUUGCCAAAAUUGGUUUCCACAUUUACCACAAAAUCACCAUCUGGAUCCCCGAGUCCUGCCUCCUCAUAGUCAUCGGCCUCGUUGUCGGUGGCAUCAUGCACUCGGUUAAAGAGGAGCCCCCCGCCGUGCUCGACUCCAACGUCUUCUUCCUCUACAUGCUGCCGCCCAUCGUCCUCGACAGCGGCUACUUCAUGCCCACGAGGCCGUUCUUCGAAAACAUCGGCACGGUGCUGUGGUACGCCGUGGUGGGGACCCUGUGGAACAGCAUCGGAAUCGGGCUGUCUCUGUUCGCCAUCUGCCAGUUCGAGGUGUUCGGGGUGCAGGAUAUCAACCUGCAGGAGAACCUGCUGUUCGCCUCCAUCAUCUCGGCCGUGGACCCGGUGGCGGCCCUGAACGUGUUUGAGGACAUCGGCAUCAACGAGCAGAUCUACAUCGUCAUAUUCGGAGAGGGACUCUUCAACGACGCCGUCACUGUGGUGCUCUACAGCAUGUUCGCCUUUCUGGCAGACCUGCCCAUCGUUGAGUCCAGCGACGUGUUCCUGGGAGUGGCCAGGUUCUUCGUGGUGGGGGUCGGCGGCGUCCUCUUUGGCCUCCUGUUUGGAUUCGUGGCCGCGUUCACCACGCGCUUCACCCACAACGUGCGCCAGAUCGAGCCCCUGUUCGUCUUCAUGUACAGCUACCUGGCAUACCUAGUGGCCGAGCUGUUCGCCAUCUCCAGCGUCCUGGCCAUUAUAACAUGUGCCAUAACCAUGAAGUACUACGUGGAGGAGAACGUCUCUCAGAGAUCCUGCACCACCAUUCGCCACGUCGUGAAGAUGCUGGCCACCAUCUCAGAAACCCUCAUCUUCUUCUUCCUGGGUGUCGUCACGAUAACGACGGAUCACGAGUGGAACUGGGCCUACAUCCUGUUCACGCUGCUCUUUGCCUUCAUCUGGAGGGGACUCGGCAUUCUGGUGUUGAGCCAGAUCAUCAACCCAUUCCGCACCAUCCAGUUCACUUUCAAGGACCAGUUUGGACUGGCCUACGGAGGCCUGCGAGGGGCAAUCUGCUUCGCCCUGGUCUUCACCCUGCCUGAUAACGUCAACAGAAGGAACCUGUUUGUCACGGCUUCCAUCGCCAUCAUAAUAUUCACGGUUGUCAUACAGGGCAUCAGCAUCCGUCCCAUAGUGGAGUAUUUAAACAUCCGGAGGACCAACAAGAACCUGAACACCAUCAAUGUAGAGAUUCACACCAGGGUGAUGGAGCAUGUUGUUUGUGGUGUAGAGGACCUGUGUGGACAGUGGAGUCACUAUUACUGGAAAGACAAGUUUAAAAAGUUCAACGAUCGCUUCCUGAGGCGCAUCCUGCUCCGGGACAACAGGGCCGAGUCCAGCAUUGUGUCUCUGUAUAAGAAGCUGGAGCUGCAGAACGCCAUCGACUUCCUGGACACGCCCGUGGGAGACCUAAGUGCAGCGCCAUCUAUCAUUUCUCUGCACGACGAGAUGAUGGAGGCGUCUCGACCGAAGAAGAAGUUCCUGGCCGGCGACGUGAGGAAAAUGCACGACAUCCUGUCAAGGAACAUGUACAAGAUCCGACAGAAGACGAUGGGAUACACCAACAAGUACAAUCUGCCCGACGACAGCCCAACCAGGGAGAUUCUCAUCCGCCGCCACGCGAGCAUCAGGCGGAGCCUACGUGCCGAAAGUUUCCGUGAGAUGCCUGGACGAAACAUCCCCAAGUCUCAGAGGUACUACUCCCUUCAACCCGGUGGAGAUCUGGAGUCCGCCUUUGCCCUCAGAAGACGUAGUCACGGUGGUGGUGAGGUCGACCGCCUCUCGGCUCGUCUCCAGCCCUCUGGCGCGUCGGCCCGUUCCUCCUCCCGCUCCCUGGUCGCUAUGCGGAUGUUGAACACCAUCAAGGAGGCCAGAAGUGCUGGGGAGCAGCCAGCGGCCUCUGCUCGCGCACGCACUCCAUCACCCGGAGGGAGCGCUUCGGACGAGAGGGGCCCCGGAGGUUCCAGCUUCAGGGCUCCCGUUCCUGCACCCAGGAGACGCAGUUCGGGUCGGGCAGAGGGACACGAAGACCCUGAACAUCCAGGAGGAGGAGGAGGGGUGGAGCCAGUGCGUCCUCCCCAGCUGCCCCCACCUGUUGGAUGGGUACGCGAGAACCAGGAUCCAGGAGACAUUGGGGCAGGGGAUCCCCUGCUCAGACACUCGUCACAGGGGCCCGGAGGCGCAGGGAGAUCCUGACGAUCUGCGAUGGACAGAGGGGAGUAUUUUCAUUGAUGUUAUAUUGUAAAUCAUUUACUAAAUCAUUACCUUAUUUUUGCCUCCUAAAAUCUUUUACUGUGUAUGUAUGUAAAAUAAAAAAGAAUGCGGUGUAACACAUAAUGCCACGGUCUGCACGGCACAUGUACAGGAAGAUUGAGAGUUUAAAUGACUUAGUUAUAUUAAAUAUAAGCAUAUAGUAUAUCGUUUACUAGUAGUUAGUUAGUUAUAUUUUUUUAAACUGUGUGGUGAAUUCCAUGAAAAUAAAUCCACCUCUCCUCUCCCCUC